AUGGACCUGGUGCUGAACAUUGCGGAUGAGUAUGUCCUCGACUGGGUGUGGGCGCGCGCUCUGCCUGCGUCGCGCUUCUCGUCGGCGUGUGCUGCGCCCACCUCGAUGCUGAACAAGACGGCCCACGAUCUGCACCAGAUUGCCGAGGCCUGUGGCGUGUCUGGCAAGCCUGUGUCGUGGCUGCCGCGCGACAAUAUCGUGCGCCAGACGAUCUCGCUGUAUGUGAUCACCUAUAUCGGCAUCCUCCUCAUGUACUUCUCCAUGGCCUUCCUUUCCUACCAAUUCCUCUUUAACAAGGAGCUCAUGAAGCAUCCGCGCUUCCUCAAGAACCAAAUCUCGCUCGAGAUCCAGUCGUCGCUGCGCGCCUUCCCUUGGCUCGACCUGAUGACCGUGCCGUGGUUUGUGGCGGAGGUGCGUGGCUACUCGCGCGUGUACGAGCGCUACGACGAGUACGGCAUCUGGUACCUGUUUUUCAGCGUGCCCUUCUUCCUUGUCUUUACCGACGCGUGCAUCUACUGGAUCCACCGCAUCGAGCACCACCCUUCCAUCUACAAGUACGUGCACAAGCCGCACCACAAGUGGAUCGUCCCGACGCCGUUUGCUUCGCACGCGUUCCACCCGGUGGACGGCUACGCACAGAGCCUGCCCUACCACAUCUUCCCGGUGCUCUUUCCCCUGCACAAGCUGCUCUUCCUCGGCCUCUUCGGCUUUGUGAACCUGUGGAGCAUCAUGAUCCACGACUCGGACAUGAUCACGGGCACAGGCCUGGAGAAGAUCAUCAACGGACCUGCGCACCACACGCUGCACCACCUGUACUUUACUUGCAACUACGGCCAGUACUUCACGACGUGCGACCGCCUGGGCAAGAGCUUCCGCGAGCCGCUCCCGGAAGACGACCCGCUCCUUGCGGCGCGUGCCGAGGGCAAGAUCGACCACGCGCAGGCGGUUGUUGAGUCCAAGAUUACGCAUGCCAAGGCCGAGUAA